AUGGGGACUGUCGCAACCAACAGUGGACUAACUUCUGCUUUAACUGGAGUUAAUGUCGCUCAGCAGUCCGGCCCUUUGUGGAGGCCGUGGACCGGAACAGGGGACAUCACUGCCGCACAGAAGGCCCUUUCGCUUCAUGGAAACUCUUCUGCUGCAACGCACCCGAAAAUCCCUCAGUUCGUUCACCCCGUGAAGCUGUUCUGGCCGAAAUCGAGAUGCUUCGAUUAUCUGUACCAGGACGCAGAAAUGCUGCUGCGCAACUAUCCGGUGCAAGCAACCAUCUGCUUUUACCAAGACUCCAGCAGUGAUGAAGACAGCGAUGACGAAGAGGAGGAGAUGGAGAAGGAGCUGAACUGA